AUGACGAAUCUAGUUGUUGAUGUGUCAAAUGAGGAUCCAUCUUCUCCAAGAGCAAGCCCAGCUCACUCACCGCGGGAGAAUGGUAUUGAUAAGAGCCGAUUAAUGAAGAAAGAUGCUUCUAGUAGCCCAGCCUCCACUGCAUCUUCAGGUAGCUCAACAUCCUUGAAAUCUAAAGAAAUGAGCCUGCAUGAAAAAGCCAGCACGCCUGUUCUGAAAUCGAGCACGCCAACUCCUCGUAGUGAUGUACCGACUCCCGGCACAAGUGCUACAUCAGGUCUGCGCCCGGGACUUGGCAAGCCUCCCUCAAUGGACCCUCUAGCUGCGGGUUUGAGGACUCCACUAGCAGUUCCGGGCCCUUAUGCUGCUCCCUUUGGAAUGGUUCCACAUGCGGGUAUGAAUGGUGAGCUUACCAGUCCUGGAGCUGCCUAUGCUAGUUUGCACAAUAUGUCCCCACAGAUGAGCGCUGCUGCUGCUGCAGCUGCUGUUGUGGCCUAUGGGCGAUCUCCUAUGGUUGGUUUUGAUCCUCCUCCUCAUAUGAGAGUACCAGGAAUACCUCCAAAUUUAGCUGGAAUCCCUGGAGGAAAGCCGGCUUACUCGUUCCAUGUAACUGCAGAUGGCCAGAUGCAGCCGGUCCCAUUCCCUCCUGAUGCUCUGAUUGGCCAAGGAAUCCCUCGGCAUGCACGCCAGAUAAACACACUAAAUCAUGGGGAAGUGGUCUGUGCGGUAACCAUCAGCAACCCCACAAGACACGUUUACACUGGUGGAAAGGGAUGUGUCAAGGUCUGGGACAUCAGCCAACCUGGCAACAAAAGCCCUGUUUCUCAGCUGGACUGCUUGAACAGAGAUAACUAUAUUAGAUCCUGUAAAUUACUCCCUGAUGGAUGUACUCUCAUUGUCGGAGGGGAAGCCAGCACGUUAUCCAUAUGGGACCUGGCAGCUCCCACCCCGCGUAUAAAAGCAGAGCUGACAUCAUCUGCUCCUGCUUGCUAUGCUCUGGCUAUCAGCCCUGACUCCAAGGUCUGCUUCUCCUGCUGUAGUGAUGGCAACAUUGCAGUGUGGGACUUACAUAAUCAGACUCUUGUAAGGCAAUUCCAGGGCCACACAGAUGGAGCCAGCUGUAUUGACAUUUCAAAUGAUGGUACCAAACUCUGGACAGGAGGUUUGGACAACACAGUGCGAUCCUGGGACUUGCGUGAAGGACGACAGCUACAACAACAUGACUUCACGUCACAGAUCUUCUCCCUUGGAUACUGUCCAACUGGGGAAUGGCUUGCAGUAGGAAUGGAAAGCAGUAACGUGGAAGUCCUGCAUGUAAAUAAACCAGAUAAAUAUCAGCUGCACCUGCACGAGAGCUGUGUGUUGUCACUAAAGUUUGCAUAUUGUGGUAAAUGGUUUGUGAGCACAGGGAAAGACAACCUUCUUAAUGCCUGGAGAACACCAUAUGGAGCCAGUAUAUUUCAGUCCAAAGAAUCCUCGUCGGUGCUGAGCUGCGACAUCUCUGCGGAUGAUAAAUACAUUGUCACUGGAUCAGGGGACAAGAAGGCCACAGUAUAUGAAGUAAUCUACUGA